AUGGCUUCCCAAUUGUUCUGGAUUGGCCUCGGCAAUAUGGGCAGGGGCAUGUGCAAGAACCUUGUCGAAAAGGGGCCACUUGGUGGUUCGCCUCUAUUGGUGUACAACCGGUCUUCCAAACGGUCCGCCGACUUGGCUGUCAAGCUAGGCAGCAAGGUCAAGGCGGUUUCAUCAAUUGAAGAAGGCGUCAAGCAAGCCGACAUCAUCUUCACUUGCCUGAGCAAUGACCAGGCCGUCGAAGACGUCUAUAGGACCAUCUCGGCGCUCGGCAAUAUCAACGGAAAGCUAUUUGCCGACUGCUCCACCAUCCAUCCCGAUUCUACAGAGAAAGUCGCAAAGAUUGUCACAGAUGCUGGCGCCGACUUCGUCGCUAGCCCGGUCUUUGGGGCACCGCCAAUGGCCGACGCAGGGCAAUUGAUCUUUGUGCCUGCCGGCCCCAAAGCUGCCGUUGAAAGGCUUCGACCCUACACCACGGGCGUCAUGGGUAAGGCUGAGCUGCCCAUGGAAGAUGAGCCAUACGGCACGGCAUCUACAUUGAAGAUUAUUGGCAACACAUUUGUCUUGAACAUGGUCACUCAGCUAGGCGAGGGUUUUACAUUGGCCGAAAAGACAGGAGUCGGCGCUGCGAGGGUCAAGAAGUUUGUUGAUGGACUCUUUGGAGGCCCUUACAGUGCAUAUGGUGAAAGGAUGCUCAGCGGCGCAUACCAUAGUAUGGAAGAGCCGUUAUUCUCGGCAGACAAUGCGAUCAAGGACGCAAGCCACGCUGAGGACUUGGCCAAGACAGCCGGGAUGGAAGUCAAGAAUGCUACUACGGCUAAACAGUAUCUUGAAGAGGUUGCUGAACAUGCUGGUGGAGCAAAGGGAGAUGUUGCUGCAAUUUAUGGUGCAGCAAGAAUGAGAGCUGGGCUUGAAUAUGAGAAUAACUAA